AUGAAAGAUCUGUCGUUGUCUGAUGAUGAGGAUGAAGAAGGAGAAACAGACGAAGAAUUUGACGAUGAUGAUUUGAAUUGGGCGGAAGAGAAGGAUGUCAAAGAAAAAAUCGAUAAGGACGAAGGUCUGACUGAAGAACAAUCUGUCGCGAUUGAAAAGAUAUCGUCCAAAGCAGCGAAGAAGCUAGGACAAUUCUCUAGGCAAGUAUCAUCAGAAGCAUCAGUAGCCGCUUCAGAUCGUCUUCUCAAAGAGCUGAAAGCAAUCUACAAAUCUGAUUCGCUGAAAGACGGCAAAUUCAGUAUCGAAAUCGUUGAAGACAAUAUUUAUGAAUGGAAAGUCGUUCUCCACGAUUUUGAACCGACAUCACCACUGGCCAAGGAUCUUGCCAAACUGUCCGAGAUCAAGAAGGAAAAGAUAGGAGUCGAGCUUCGCUUUCACUUUAGUGCGGAUUAUCCAUUCGCGCCCCCUUUUGUCCGAGUCGUCGCACCCGUUCUCUACAAAGGCUACACAUUUCCAGGGGGAGCAAUGUGUAUGGAAAUGCUCACCGCCGAUGGCUGGUGCCCGGCAUAUUCCCCCGAAACAGUCUGCACUCAGAUCGCUGUCUCCCUCGUUCGUGGACGUGGUCGCGUUCAGGAAAUCAUCAAAAAAGAGUUUGAAGAAACUGCCGGAAAGCCAGCUGACAUGAGCGAAGAAGAAUACAACGGCCGAAGAAUGCUUUUCGUCAGCUCAACUCUCAACAGACCAAAAUACACUCUCGAGGCUGCGCGAUCUGACUUCCGAAAAAUCAGCAUUAUGCACAAGAAACAUGGCUGGCAUCCCGAAAAAAGCUAA